GACGAGUCGAAUAAGACUUUGUCCGUACCUGGAUUCUUGGCACAGAACACGAGGUUGUCAACAAGGAUCACAUACAUAAUAAUAGACGAUGGCACUGCACUGGAUCUGGGAUUGUGAACCACCACGCCCAGCUCUUCUUCACUCAAGGACGUGGCGAGCAAAAUGCGGUUCAUCAGCAACGCCCUUCCGCUCCUGGUCCUCGGCUACUCGAGCCUGGGCUUGGCGGAUUCAGUUCGAUACCCACGUUGGCGUCGCGCUCUCAACGAGACGGACCAGCAGCAGCCCAGCGACGCGACACCAAAUCGCUACAUCGUCGAGUUGUCAUCGCGGCUGCAAUCUACUCGCCUCGCGAACAAGAUCACAGCUGGCGUUCCCAGCCUGCGUGUUGUGAAACAUUUCGACUCCGAUCUCUUCCCAGCUGUCAGCGUCGAAUGCGCGCAGCAGCAUCAGGGGUGCGAUGCCGAGUCGCUCAUCAGCAGCUUCGGCGAAGAGGGGACGGUGAAGGUGUACAAGUCUGCGCCCGUGCGGAUUCUGCCUGUGGCCGAGGAGGGCGAGAGUUUCAGCGACGAUGCGGCAGCGGCGAAUUACUCGGUGCAUGGGCUUACGGGGGUGGCUCAGUUGCACGAGGAUGGGGUGUUUGGGGAGGGGGCGACGGUGGCGAUUGUGGAUAGUGGGGUGCAGUAUACACAUCCUGCGCUCGGUGGGGGUAUUGGACCAGGCUAUACGGUCAUCGGAGGCUAUGAUCUCGUGGGUGACGGUGAGAUACUGAUUGGGGUCAUGUCUUCAGACUGGCCCGAUACGCCACCCAAGCCAGAUGAUGAUCCGAUGGAUCACUAUGGCCACGGAACCCACGUCGCAGGAAUCAUCGCUGGCAAGAGUGAUCAAUUCGUCGGUGUCGCGCCCAGCGCCAAACUACUUUCUUUCAAGGUGUUCAGCACCGACGGCUACUCGGACGAGGAGAUUGUCAUCGAGGGGUUCCUCAAGGCUUUUGAUUCAGGGGCCGAUAUUAUCACCGCCAGUUUAGGAGAGACCAGCGGGUUCACAAGUAAUGCUUGGGCUGUGGUGGCCUCGCGAAUGGUGGAGCAAGGUGUGGUCGUCACUAUUGCGGCAGGCAACGACGGCCAACAUGGUCCUUUCGACGCCAGCAACGGCGCAUCAGGCCAGAGUGUCUUGACCAUUGCCUCCGCUGAGCCGGGUGUAUUUCCCGCCCAGGCAUUCACAACCGAUUUCAUCCUGGACGGCUCGUCCAACAAGACUGAAGUUGCCUACAUCCCCGCGUCUGGCUACUUUCCCAGCACCAUCGCCGACUGGCCCAUCGUGCCAGUGACUCUCAACUCUUCUGUGGAGAACGAUGCAUGUACUGCGCUGCCGGAUGAAACACCGAGCUUCAAUGGUACCAUUGUCCUCGUCAGGGUCGGCGGGUGCACCGUCACCGUCAAACAGAAUAAUCUGGCCCCCUUCGGCGCCUCUUACAUCCUCUUCUACAACGACGACGGACCAUUUGUUAGCCCCAUCACAGGCAAUACAGCAACAGGAUCAGGCCUCACCGGCGCCAUCGAAUCCAAUGCCGGCGAAGCCAUCAUUUCCACCAUCCUGGCAGGCGGCAACGUAACCGCCUCCUUCGACGUCGACACAGCCCAUUACGUCGGGCUGCACAACGCCGGCGGUGGCCGUCCCGCCCUGUAUACCUCAUGGGGCGGCACCUAUGACCUUGCUCUGAAGCCCGAUGUCGCCGCCCCCGGAACCAAGAUCCUCAGCACGUACCCAACAGAUGCUUACCAAGUCCUUAGCGGAACCAGCAUGGCAACCCCUUACAUUGCCGGCGUCGCCGCGCUAUGGGUUGGGAAAUUCGGCGGCCGCGCUGCGCAUAAGGACGACCCUGCAUGGGCGAAGCGGCUCACCGCACGCAUCAUGUCCACAGCGAAGACAGUUCCGUGGGCCGACUGGGCGACUAGCCCAACGGAUUACGGGUUUUGGGCGCCGACUACGCAGGUUGGAGCGGGGCUGGUAGAUGCUGAGAGGGUAUUGGGAUAUACUACCCAGUUGAGUUUUGAUGGGCGGAAGUUCGAGCUUAAUGAUACGGCGAAUUUUGUCGGGACUCAUUCUGUCGAAAUCACCAACAUGGGCACUGAGGCUGUUACGUAUGAGUUUGCGCUGCAGGAUGCGGCUGGCUACGAUGCGUAUACCCCGUCUGUGCCCGGGAAGCAGCAGUCGUUUAUUCCUAGCAUAAAUCUUUAUGUUGAGUUGAGUCCCGUCAAGAUGGCGCCUGGGGUUGUUAUGCCGCAAGGAGAGUUUGUGGUUGGAGCUGGGGAGACUAAAACGGCAGAAUUUACGUUCACAGUCCCAGCUGGGCUCAACGCUUCCAAUCUCCCUGUAUAUAGCGGAAAAAUACUCGCCAGUGGCAGCAACGGCGAGGAGCUAAGUAUCCCUUAUUUUGGCGUCGCGUGUGAUCUCAAAGAAACAAUUGAGAACAACUGGGACUAUGGGAGUAACUUCCCCUACAUAACCUCAGGUCUCUUCAGUGUCAAGCUGGAGAACAAAGCAAAUUUCACGUUCAAUCUCUCCAGAGACGCGCAGGACUUCCCCAAGCUUAGCGCACAGUUUGCUUGGGGAACAGAGGAGCUCCGAUGGGAUAUUUUCGAUGCAAACUACACCGAGUCAGCUUGGACCUACCCCCCGGUCCCCGGUCAAAAUGGCUUCGUCGGCUCCGCCACGAGCUGGAACGGCACUGCAACAACCAAUUGGUUCGAUCCCAGCAUCGCCAGCGAGGACGAUAUCUUUUCGUUCCCCCUGUAUGCCCGUCCCCGUCGUAGGAUGGAUAGAUACUACUGGCUUGGUAGGUUUGCAGAUGGGUCAGAUAUCGUGCCGGGGGUAUAUAAUUUUCGCAUUGCUGCGCUGAAGCCGUUUGGGGAACCUAAAGUCGCUGAGGACUGGGAUAUUUGGGAGACACCACAGAUUACGGUGCUGCCUUUGAACUAAUUAGUCCAAGCGAUAUUCCAUGUGAGGGUACACGGAAUGGCCGUGCAAGGAGACAUGAGGCGGCACAUAUCACCCAGUAAUUGGGAUGGGUGAUUGGUGCGACUACUUCACUUCGCCCACUGUAUGCAAAAUUUUAAAAUACAUUAUUAUUAAAGAAAAAUGGUUGCUCU